AAAGAACAACUACUUGCUCAGGAGCAGCUGGAAAGCUAAAAUUGAAGGCCAAGGAGACACUGGAUGAGGAGUUGCUUGAUGCAAUACUUCAGCAGAGACAGAAAGUAGUGGAUACACUGAAGGAAAUUGAAAUAUUGCAGAACAUUAAGUUAAAAGAAAGAAAAGAAACUGUCGGUGUGUAUUGAUAAGGCUACUUUAAAGGAUACACGCCAUUAUACAGAUUUCCUUGUACUGUAUGUUGAAGGUGGCCUAUAUCUCACCACAUCUGACUCUAAAACAAAAAUAGCUCUGGACGAACGAAUCAUCAAUCCAUCUGAUCAAACUUUGAUAAGAUUCCUGAAAAGCAAAACUCAGUUUAGAUCAGUGCAUCCUAAUGCAAAUACAUUCCGGGGCUUAACUAAACUUCAUGAGAGUAGAUCCGUUCAAUUCAAAGGCUAUUUCAAAGGGAAGGAUACCGAUGAGAAAACAGUCCGUUACAUGUUGGAUGACCACAGACUUCUUGAAUACAUUAGUGCAUUUUCAAAACUACCUGAUGGUGGUACCUACCUUUAUGGCAUCGCAGAGAAAGAGACUUCCAUCAAUGGAAGUCCAUACAAGUCAAAGUGUAUGGAAAUUCAACAAGUUCCAGUCGGUAAUCAGCAGAAUGUAGAAGCUAAAAUAAAGGAGGGAGUUUCAAAAGGUGUGUUAAUCUGUGACUAUGAUGGACAUGAAACACACAAUGACAUCGUGGAGGUAUUUUUCAUUCCAUCUUCUCGAGACAACGAACAACCUGAUGUUGGUGUGGAGGCCCCUGAACAUUUUGUAAUUCAAGUACACGUCCAGCCUGUCAGUGGCAUAGUGUUCUAUGAUAAACAGGGGCCUUUGGCAUACAGAGUGGAAGCAGACACUGUCAAACCAUACUCUGUAAAACAGUGGUUUCAUGCCGUCCUCGUGAACAGCGUAGUGAAGUAGAUGAACGGAUCACAAACAAGUCAGAAAUACGACAAAAUGCCAGGGCGAGAAGUGAGUUUAAACAGCAAGGAUUUUCAGCGUCCUCGCUUGAAACCAGGCGUGUACACAGCAUUACUAAGAUUAAAGACACCUUUGUGAAGAAAGGUGUACUAAAUGUUGUUCCGUCGGAGAUACCCACGCAUCUAUCGGAUAUCAGAGAUGACCUCAUUUCGCUGCUGAUGACAAAUGGAGCUCUGUACCAAGAAAACAUCAUUACCAGUGAACCAUUGGGGAAAGAGACAACACAUGUCUUUUGUAUUUGUCAAAAUCUUCAGCAGCAUUACUGGAUCUCCCUGUGCCACGGACACACAGAAACACUAGGUGUGACGCCUUCAUAGCAAUGCCCCAUCAACCCCUCAUGCUGCUGACUCUGAUUGACAAUGGCACUGAAACUGAAGAGAUAAGGAAGUAUAACACCACUGUGGCUAGAGAAGUGACUUCAAAACUACGCAGGUUUACCAAUGAAAGCAUUAAUCUGAUACAUGGAGUUUUGAGUUUGAGUGACCUCAUAGACACGGACACGUGCUACAUAAAGUUACAGAGAAUAGCAGCAUUAUCUGCAUCCUUUGUUCCCAAGUCUUCUGUUGAUGACUCUUGCAAAAUAUGAACACGUGAUGAUGGCUUUCUGGGCAGCUGUUGCUGAAACAAAGUCAGCCCUGACAGAGACAGGUGAAGUAGAUGACAGUUGUAUCCACUUUCUCACUUCUGAUCAGUGUAUUGUGUCUUGUGGAGAACAUCGAAAGUAGAUAUGUUUCCUGCAGACAGGAGACCGACAUUGAAUCCACGACUCUGAUGGUGGAGGUGGCCAGGAGACUGAGUAGACUGGGUGACACUCUACUGAUAUGCAACUCACAGGAAGAAAAGAGCAGACUCAGAUCUGUCUACUCGUCAACAAUCUCGGUUCUUGAUGUGGAAGGCACCGACCUGUCAAAGUUUCAAAAUUUGGUUCAUGAAACGAACAGUUAUCUGUUCGAACCCUCUGGCCGACAAUGGAAGUUUCUCAAAGGCACUCAACACAGGUCACAUACUACAAAGAAUCAAACAACUGAGACAUCAAACAGGAAAGAAGAUGGUUGCCAAGUGUUCCACACUAAAGACUUUCUCCGACCACAGUUACAGCAAGCGGAAGGAGAUAUUACUGAAAUUAGACGUCAUUACACGAUGAUAGGCGGCGUCAACAUAAUUCCAGUCAGUCUGACAAGCCAUUUGGUGGACAUUAAGGAUAUGCUACUUUCAGUCCUGGAAACUGAUAAAUCCCUCUUUCACUGCAACAUUGUCACUGGUGCAGAGCUGGACUUGAGUGAUGACGAGAAGUGUUUGGUGCAUUUGACAGAAUCCUUAGCAACAACACUAGACUUUCCAGUUUCAGAGAGACCUUCUGAAAUACGAUGUGAUAUGUUUCUGGCCCUUCCAAAGCAGCCCCCAGUUGUACUGACAGUGAUGAACUGUGAACAUGAAUCGAAAAUGAUAACAAAUUACAACACCUCAGUAGCCAGAGAAGUGACUGCAAAAUUACGUCGUUUUACAAGUGAAAACCUUAAUGUUAUACAUGGGGUUGUGAGCAAGAAUGACAUGAAAGAUAACGAGGUGUUCUUUGCAAAGUUACAAAAAAUUGCCGCAGUGUCUUCAGUAUUCAUUUCAAAAGCUUCUUUGAUGAUGAACUCGUUCAAGUAUGACCAAAUACUUAUGGCUUUCUGGGCAGCAUUAGCUGAGACAAAAGUAGAUGUACAAGAGAGUCAGUUAAAAUUUCUUAACAAAGAACAAUGCAUCCUUUUGUUGGAAAAUCUUAACAGAAUGAAUGUCGAGGUCAGGCUUCAUUCCAGUAGUGAGGCCACCACCCUGAUGCUUGAGGUUGCCAGGAGACUGAGCAGACUGGGCAACACCUUGCUGAUCUGUCGGAUACGGGAGGAGAGGGACCGAUUGAGGUCAGUGUACUCAUCCACGAUAUCAAUGAAUGAUGUCUGGAAGACGGAUCUAUCAGCAUAUGAGAACAUUGUUCAUGAUGCUCGCAGUCUGCCCCAGAUGCCGAGUGGUUGUCGGGUGUGGAGAUUCAAAACAGUGACGGGAAUCCGGAAGAGGAAGAAACAUUCUGAACAAAAUCCCACACAGCCUUUGGUGGACAGUCUUCCUCAUGCCUCUCUGGGGGACUAUGCUUCUGUCACACCAUCAAUGGACUCACUAAAGAAAUCGGUUUCUGAUACAUCACAGGAGGGUGUUGCUUCUCUUAGUUCACAGGACUCGCCAGAGGAUUUAUCUUCAGAAAGAUCAGGCUCUCAGAUAACAACACUGGAGGAAACUCAUGACUGUUUUGAGGACGCAAAGAAGCUUACAAAAGACUUGGAUAUCGUGGAAAAGGAGGAGGACAAAAACAUUGUGCAGCUAAGUCCUCUAUAUGCAGCUGAGAGGCAAAACCCAUUACAUUACUUGAGCCGGAUCAUAGACAGCCUUUCAAGGUUUAGAGAACAGUCAAGACUUGAUACGAUGAUUCCAGAUAACAAAGCAGCCAUAGCCCAACAUGUAGGAAUUAUUCUGUCUGUGGAGCAAGGUGAUCGACUUGUCUACGUUAAGGGAACUCCUGUUUUGUGUCCUGAACUACAUCUGGACGCCGCACGAGCAAACACAAGAUGGUGCCAAGUAACUGCAGAUGGUGAGCUGAUCAACUCGCCGUCCCACACACCGUCAGAUCAGGAGAGGCACAGGUUACAGGAGUAUUGGGGGACCUGUACUUCCACCCCCAUCCCCUUUCCUCCAUCCUACUCUACUUUCGCCCCAGUAUACAGCACACCUAGAUACUGGGAGACAUUCACCAGGCUGCGGGUGGUGGUGGGGUCGUGGUGCCUUGUACUGGAGAUGGGGGUGAGUGAGGCAGGUCAGGUAGGCAGGGUGUGGUGGGUUUCUGAUCAGCGUCGCUCCUGGUGUGUCAAUGUAGAGAGCUGUGACAUACACCCGGGAAGUGUCUGCACCACGGUGUACAGGGAGGGUGAACGGGGCGAGUGUCAGCAGAACACCGUGUUCCGCACUCCCGGCACACAGGCCACCCUCCACUAUGGCGUUGUGCUGGAUGUGGCGAGGGGAAGACUCGCAUUUGUCGACUUGAACAGAGAGAUUGUUUUAGCCAAGUUUGAUGAGAUUUUCACGGAAGACCUGUACCCCAUGUUUGGUGUUUGGUCGGAUGAAUUGACCAUCAACAUGAGGCUGGUCAGCGGUGAGGACAUCGACAUCACUGACACAAAGAAGUCUCUGAUUCACCAUGCGCUGACAUAGAAAACACGCCAGACAUGAGACUGUGUGACGUUACCAGUGUAACUGAGAGACUACCCGCCGUUUCAUUGACCUCCACGUUACUCAGCGAAGCGGACAUAGAAGGGUCCGUUUCGUUUCAUGUUUCAUGUUUACAGAAAGUAGCGAAGUUUGCUAAAUGUGAUGUUUUGCUGCACGUGAUGAUGGUACAAUGUCUACAAAGUAUUUAGAAUUAUCACAUUAGUAUCUUCAUGUUGAAAUAAUUGAUGUAACCACCACCAUUAGGAGACACUGUGUGAUGUUUGUGAAAUCUGAUGUGUUGAAUAUAAGUCUUUAGUGAAGUCAGGUUUUACACAAAAUGUUUCACAUAGCAAUGUUUUCUAUUUCACUUCACUCUCCUGUGUAUUAUAAAUGUUUUGAAUCCUCGCGUUAAUAGUUUUAUGAUCAUAUUCGUGUUGUUGCCGCUUAAACUAAGUUGUUAUGUUAAGCCAUUAUGUUGUUUUCUAAUGAAUGUCAGGUUUGGUUGAGUUGAGAGCACAAAACUGAGAUAUGUUGUUUCAAAGUACAGUUUUCUUUAUUCCAUUUCACUUAUUUUGUUACAAGUGUUUUCAAUCAACGCAUUAAUAGUUUCAUGAUCAAAUAUAUGUUUUUGCAACUUAAAAGUGACAUAUUAUGUUGUUUUCUGAUGAAUGUCGGACUUUAAACUGGUGAGAACUCUAGACUUAGUUGUGUAUUUCGCUCAACGUGCCUGUAUAUCACAAAGCUUUCACUCUAACAUAGACAGUUUUAUGUCUAUUUCUUGAGCAGCUCUUAAUCAUGACACAGUUUGUAGUUCUCUGACCGACGAUAUAAUUUGUAACAAUGAGAACAAAGAUUGAUAAAUAAAGUGCUUGUAAAAUU